AUUUGCUGUAGCGAUUAAAUAGAAACAAAAAAUUAAAUAAAUAAAUUAUCAAAGGAAUAUAACAGUCAAUAUAACUCUCAAGAAUACACAAAAAACUGCACCAGAUAACGACUGUACCUAUGUAAUAAGGGGAACAUGUCGUCGACGGCACCUGCCACGGAAGCUAUGGCUUGCAGGCUGGGAAAGCAGCAACGGCGACGACUGGCAGCGUUUGACUUUGAUCACACGAUUGUAGCCCAAAAUACGGACACUGUGGUGAGGGAUUUACUUCCUCCGGAAGUGGUCAGCUCACGGACCCUCAACGAGCUGGUGGAGAACGAUUGUUGGACCGAGUACAUGUCCGAGGUUUUUCGUCUGCUGCAUGUGCAACAAGUCACGGAGGCGCGCAUUCGCGACACCAUCCGAGUCAUACCGGAGGUGCCAGGCUUUGUGCGCCUCAUUAAGCAUCUACACAAGAAGCUUAACUUCGACAUGAUCAUCAUCAGUGACUCGAACAGUGUUUUUAUCGAAGAGUGGGUCAAGGCGUAUAAUAUGGCCGACUGUUUCGUGGCCAUCUUCACCAACCCCGCCGAGUUCGACUCCAAUGGGCAGCUUCAGGUGCGGCCACACCACCAGCAGAGCGAGUGUAAGCUGAGCGCCAGCAAUCUCUGCAAAGGGCGCGUCCUUGAGCACUUUGUCAUUGAACAGGAUUUGCGGCGAAGCAUCCGCUAUGACCACGUCUUCUAUGUGGGCGACGGCAACAACGACAUCUGCCCCGUGUUGCGACAGCGGGCUUGUGACUUUGCCUGCGCCCGUCAAGGCUUCGCCAUGGAGAAGCAUUUGAUUCGGAACCGCAACAAAUUAAAGCUGCGGGCGCAGCUGUUGGUCUGGAAGAGUGGCUUUGACCUGAUGGAACAGUUGCUGGCCUUGCCGCAAAUGCAAGUUCCACCAGUCGACCUUCAGACUGCGGAGGGCCACGCAGAGAUGGCGCGGCGAGCAUCGGCGGUCGCUGGUCCAUCCAAGCAGACCAAUUAAAUUGGCAUUUCGAAACUAAACAUUUUCUUGGCACAUUCGAGUGUUUUUUAUCUGCCCCUGUCUAUUAAAUGUGAUCUUGGAACUUGCACAUGC